CUCCUCACUUCCGGUGCCAUUAGAUUUGAGAACCCCCCGCGCGAAAAAAAGAAAAAUAACACUUCUUCUCGUUACGCGACAUUAAAGACAUUUCUGAUGUGUACGACGGGGGACAAUGGAGAAAUAAUCAUCCUAAGUGAUGAUGACGACGACGAUCAGGACAUAUUGUUUAAUGACUCCUCAGUUCUCAUUGUGGAGGUGGAGGACGUGAAGAAGAGUGAUUUCGUUUUGCCUCAAAGCGCUCUGGAUGAAGACCUGGUCGUCACAUUCUCCCGCCGGCCUGAGGUGCUGCCUCACGCGCGCUACGACUGUGCCAUGCAUCCCUUCACGGCUGCAGAUUGUGAGGUCGGCACUCCGGUGGCCGGAAACCAGCUCAUUUGCGAUCAGUGCUUCUGCUACAUCUGCGACAAGCUGGCGUCAGCGUGUGAAAUGUGGUGUCAGAGCGGCGUGUGUCACUGCAACAGCCACAAACGGAGCGACUUCUGGAAUAACCAAAGAAGCAGCGCACUGCUGGGAGGACUGAAGACCUUCAACCUCACACUGUCCGAAAUAGACGCCCACCUCCGACAUGCAGAGACGAUGCUGCAGCGCUUCAGGCAUGAGGUCUGUGCGGAGUUCUUAACCUUCCUGAAAGGAAAGAUGUUACAGCAAGACGGUCUGAACCUACCAAACCAACAAGGCCUCGUCUACGAUUACACCCACGUUUAUGAGUUUGUGUCAUCGUUCCUGAACAAAGCAGACGACCAGGAUGCCAGAGCUGCUGCCGUCAUGAGACUGGGAGCUGCCGAACAAUUUAUUGGACAUUUUCAACCCUCAUGGAGUUACAUCUCUCCCAUGGCCAAUGCUAAUGAGGCUAAAGUGAUGUUACUCCAGAGGGUUGUAGCGUCAGUGCAGAGACAGAUGGUGAUGGCGGAUUUUACUUCAGAUUUCAUCCAAAAACUGCAGGAUUUUUACAAGAGGUUCUGUUUUCCGUCCGAGCUGAAGAGCAUGAGGAACUGCCUGUGUGUGCGUCCCUGGGAUGACGUCCUGCUGGUGUCUGUGCUGAAGGGACAGAAUGUGUCGGGCUUCCGCAAAGACAAAGGCAAGAAGGACAUCCUGUUAGAACAGAUUUCUAUAGUUCUACUGAGAUCAGAGCUGCUGCAGCGACAGCACAGGUACAGGGAGUUGUGUCGCUACCUACGAGUCGUCCAGACUGAUGAUUCCAAACUCUUCCAGCCGCUUCAAGACCUUAUCCCGUUCUUCAUGUGCCUGGGGGGAGACGUCAUGUCGGCCUGCAACAGUCUGUGCCCCUCGGCGAACGCCCCGGCCUCUCGCUUCAGCCCGCUCCUCUUCCUCUUUUAUCUCCGCCUCUUUGAAACGGCGACGGCACCAAAACUGGUGGUCAGUCAGCCGGCAGAGCUCUGCUCUUCUGACGCCUCGUGGGAGCCGAUCAAAGAUGCUUUUCCUCUGAAGCGUGCUGAGCUGGUCAAAUUUGCUCUCCGGGUUCAGAGAUGCUGCUCUGCCGUCUUCACUGAUUCUCAGUGUUGGACCCGUUUACUCACAGUUGUCAACAACACACCUUGUAGCUCACUCGCCGCUUUCACAGCACCGAACCCACAAUUUCUACACGAAGCGAAGGAUGUUGUGAAUUCGAUACUGCUCAAGGAGCAGGGGAUAAACAUACAGAUCCCCCGUUUCUUCCUGGAGGUUUACCCAGAUCAGGCCUUGUUGUUGUUGGUGACGGGGGCGUUAGGUUUGAGAAUCCUCAGCGCUGCUCUGACUCCAGCUCUCCCCGUACUCAACACCUUUCAGGAGAACGUGUGGGCUCUCUGGUGGCUGUGGGACAGUUUGUCCUGCGACGCAGAACGUCUCAACUCCUUCCUACAGGAGAUCACACAGGAGGUGGAGAACACAACAGAUGGGGAUAAUUCAUUACACUUCCUCCGCUCUGUCAUACCCACUCUGUUCUCUUCAGCAGAGAACUGGGAUCACACCUACUGCAGUCCGGCAGCUGUUAACCUCUACUCCCCACAAGCCAAGGCGCCGUCACAGUGUCAGCUUACAAAACCUCUGUCGCAUCAUUAGCUCCAUUUGCACCUAAAAUGGCAGAAGUCACAUCCUGAUCGCACAUGGAUGGAGACUCCUGCCAGACUCGUGAAUGUCCCCCAAUGCCGUCACGUGCCACCUUGACCCCGCGGUCGCCGCUGUGUCGGGGUCAAGGGUCAAACCUGCACACGGACCAGGUGUCGUCAGUGUGAAGAUGAGAACAACAUCCCCACUGUUCUUCAGCAGUUAAUAACACCACAGAGACAAUAUGUUGCUUUAUUCUUUAAAGAUUUCAACAGUGGGGUUUGUUUGGUUUUCUCUGCCCUGUGUUUUUUUUUUUUUUUUUUAACUGAAUGAUGUUUAUGUUUAAAACUUUCUGGAAAGAAACGUUUAGAUAUUCACUUUUUUUUAAAUUAACGAGACAAUUUUGUAACAGUAAAGUUAAAGAAAAGGAAAAAGUAUGUCUUGGUUGAUCUUGGAUUCCUAAAUUAUUGCUGAAAAUGUCGAAUUACAGUGUAAAAUACGACGUGGUUUAUUUUCAGAGUCCAUAAACACAUGAUACAACCGG